UGCUAUUGAGGUAACGAAAGAGAGACGACGAAGAAAAAAUAAAUAAAUUAUUUUGUAUGAUUUUGUUCCCUAAAAAAUUGUAUUAAUUGCAAGAAAGACGGCACGAAAGCGGAAAAGAACUCAACGAAUACUACACAAAUGUUAGUAUGGCCACAGAGCAACGAAUUUUAAAACCAGAUGGUUAUUUGGAUGUAACUUGCGGCACAUCCUCAAAAUCGACCAAUGCAAAUUCUGAAAACACUGAAGCUGACGAAGAGGAAUCCAUUGAGACCCGCAGUAUUGUUUAUCAUCCAAAUUUAAAUGUGAUACUCGUCUUUGACAGCAUCAAUCAGGUCAAAGUACUCGAUGUGCACUCUGGUGUGGUACUGCAAACUUACCAUUUAGGCAAUGAUACCAACCACAAUGUAUGUGGCUAUUUUAUGCCAUUACAAGAGAAAAUCUUAUUGACUGAUGGUCAUGUUAUUGGCUUCCGGGGCGAUUAUAAUGGUGUUUUGUUACUUGAUACGGUGCUCCAGACACCAGUACCAAAUAACGAUGAUCCCAUACGCCUUGAAAUGCUGCUGUCAGAGGCAAUCAUUUUUCAAACAUGCCUCAAGGAGCUGGAACAGGAUAUCGAGUGUCCUUAUGAUUUACAAAAUGAACUAAUGGAGAAAAUUAAAAAUGCCCAAGGCAACUCGAAGAAAGGCAUCAAGGCACAGCGGUGGAAUACAAUAUGUCUGCAGGUGCCUUAUUCGAGUCUAAAAUUUGUGGCCAAUAAUUUGGUUAUAAUGCUGAAAAGGCUUGAACGCCAUGUACCAGCAUUGGCCAUUGCAUCGGCCAUAAAUGAGAGGCUCAUCGACCUGCUGGCCGGUGGACGAACAUCCAAUAUCAGCUGGCAAUGUAAUAAUUUUCAACGUGUCCUUAUGCAUUCGGAAGCGGUGCGUAGGCAAACAUUUGAGAAAUGGCCACACAUGGACUAUAAAUGGGCGCUGCCCGAUCAAAUGGCCCAGGCGGGUUUCUACCAUCAGCCUUCGUCGUCGGGCGAGGAUCGGGCGAUGUGCUUUACCUGCAAUGUCUGUUUGGUUUGUUGGGAAAAAACCGAUGAACCCUGGAGUGAACAUGAACGUCAUUCGCCAAUGUGUCCCUUUGUUAAGGGCGAAUAUACACAAAAUGUCCCCCUAGCUGUGACAUAUGCAACAAACCCAGCCGUUGUGGCUCCGGGCGUUUUGGGUUUUGAUGUCAUUUCGAACAGCGAUUAUGCCAAUGUCUUGGUGACAAGUUGUUCGGCAACGGGCGAAAUUACCAUCUGGAGCAUUGAAAGGCAUUUAAAACAGAUGCACACUUUCAAUGUCUCAUCGUUGAUGAAAGAUAUAUUGGGAGGAAGUAACGGCGGAAUGACAUCAUCAAGCUGUGAUGGAUCAUUAAAUGAAGAAACUGACACUAGCUACGAAUGGACUCGUGUCACAGCCAUUUGUGUCCUGCCAAAUACCAGAGCUCAAAGUAAAAUUUAUGCCAUGAAUUUAACACAAACUGGUUCGGCGUGCAUGUUGGGCAGUGGUGUGGCCGUUGGAGGCAAUUUACCACCACCUUCAGUUACACCCUGUACCUCCACAUCAACAAUGCGAGCUGGUGUGGUCGAAUCCAAAGUAAUACUUGGGCUAAGUACGAGAAAAACAACUGGAGAACAUUUACUAUCAAUGGCAGUGUUAAAUAUCAUUGAAAGUGAUCGACCAAACGAUGGCAAUGGUCGGAACAAAACUGAAAGUGGAUUAAAUACUGCAGUAAGCUCAGCGGGAAAUGUCAGCACCAAUGUGGAUAGUAGUAAGUCGGUAUCAGCUUCGAACAGUGUUAAAGUAGCAAGCGGCGAUCCUUCUUCAUCAAACAAUAUUAACAACAACAACAACAAUAAUAAUAAUGAAACCCAUUUGAAUAAAAAAUAUCAUGACGAACGUGAUGACAACAAAACUCAAUGUUCAAUUUUUGACAAAUAUUUAGAUGGACUUGAUAGCAAUGGAUUUGUCGCCGAUAUAGUUCCAGCAACAACGCCUGAGGUUGUGGUGCCGGCCACAUCAGCUGACAAAUCGGAUUCGGUGUUGGAUUUUAAUGAUGCCUAUCUGGAGGCAGAAUUCAAAAAGAUGGCCGAACAAUUCAAUGAUUUGAAUAGUUUAUUCGACUAUGAAUAUGGCCAACCGGUGGAGAAUAACUCUUUGUCUGGUGUUGGCGGGGGUAGUGGUCCCAGCGUCAAUGCUGAUGACAUGGAAAUGGAUACAAGCUAUUUCAAAGAAAGUCUACUGACAGCGGCAAAGAAUGUUCAAAAGACCAAGGCAGCCAUGAUCAAUGAUGCGACGGUGAAAACGAAUAAUUCCCCCAACCCUGAGGCGGGUGGUGGUGGUGGUGGAAAUGGUGUGGCAGCACCAAAGACCUGUAUCAGUGAGGAUAUCGAUUGCAUUGUGGAAAGUUGUUGCAUACUCAAGCGUAGCAAUGCUUUGAAAGGCGAUUUCCAGCCAAUGUCCGAAGAUGAGCUUGUGGAAAUAACCGAAAUUUUGCCCACAAAUAGCAACUGUAAUCAAUUGCUGGUGAAAUUGGUCAAGACAAAGGUUCCGCGUAGCAGCCGUAAUAAAAUGAUUAUAACAGAUGUAAUGAGCGCCGAAAGUGUUGGGGAAGAGCGUGAGGAUGAUGACGAUUAUCCCAUGAAUGAAGAAGAACCCACAAUUGGUGGUCAACUUUUGCUUUUCGAUUGUCUAAAUGGAGUAAUACCAAAUGAACACAAAAUAGCCAUGACAUUCUCACGUCAAAAUUAUCCCAAACAAAUAUGUAUGCUGCCAAAUUUCCAAACAAUUAGUAUAGGCUCCGAGCCAUCUUCAGUGGCAACAAAUUCCGGAGCAUUUUGUGUGGUUUGUGCUGAUGGCACAAUUGAAAUUAUAUCGCUAGCCGAUUUUCAAAGUAUCAGUAGCAUCAAAGAGGAGGAGCAUCAUUUUACUUCCGUGGCAUAUUGUCGUAGUUUGGAGCGUUUGUGUUGCUGUACCCGACGUGGUUCGUUGAUAUUCUAUUCCCUGAAUGAUGCUGAUAAUGAGUCGGGAGAUGAAAUGAUUGACAUAGAAGAGGAGGUUGGUCCAGCGGCAAUGCUGGGUAGCAGCAUGAAAAAUGACAGGGGAGUGGGAGCAGGAAAUGGAUGUUGUGUUACCGAUGGUGCCACACCACAAAAGAGCAAUGACCAGCAGCAGCAAGGAGGCGGUGAAGGUGCAACUGGAAUAAUGACAGAGGAUUUACAUAAAACAACCUCUGCCACAUCGAGCAGCGGUUUCACAACUUCCAUAAAAGUUGAUUGUGGCACAGGCCUAAGUGGCGCCAUUUCGCAGGCUUCACCUUCACCAUCCUCGACAUCCAUGAAUACAGCAGCAACAUCAAAUCUGCUUGCCUACCGUAGUGGCGAGUUAUCGCUGGAUGAUUUACGCACCCUCUACUCUCUGACCCAGUUCGAUGAUAAAGUUGUUCCAUACACAGCUGAGGUGCCUAGCUGUUGGAAUGAUCUCGUACAAGCCCAAAAACAGAGAAAGCAAUCUCAACACACCUGGCGUUUACACAACGAUGCGACUACUUGGGAUGAACAUAUAAUUGAAAUAAAUCUAUUGGUAGCCGCUACCCUGGGUCAUAUUGAUUUGAAAUUUUCAUUGUAUCAACAGUGCCAUAAUCCAGCCGCCAUUCAGGUGACUUUGUUAAAGCAAAACACCAGUGGUUUUGGUUAUCGCAUGAAGGGACCACAUUCCAGUUUCAAACAUUCAUCAGCUGAUGUUGGUGGCGGGUCAAAUGAGCAGCCUUCUACCAGUACAGAAGGAAACAAUGAGAAUCCUGUAUUGAAUGCAGAAUUUUUACAAACGCACAAUGCUGAAAUUCUAGCUGGCCCCAUUGAACUAUCCUCAUGCAUUGAUUUGUGUGAUCAAGGUGGCACAGUUAUAUUGACCUCACCCAAACUGUUCAAAACACGCACCCGAAACUUUUUACUACACAUCAAAACAAUGGGUGAUCCGGCCAAGGAUGGCCAGUGUAAAACUAGAGGAUGUGAUUGGUUACAUGAAAUCUCAAUUUAUGUACGUGGUGUAAAGGUUCAAUCCCACAUUCCCAAUGAACGUCUGCAACGCAUUGCCAUGUUGGAGAGUAAUCAAUUAUUGGACAAUCUCUUCAAAAUAAUAAGCAAUGAAAAAUCGUCCAUGUUGGCACGAAAUUAUGCUCUCGACAUAUUAACAUGGAUUUGUUGUAUACGAUUGAAACGCUUCCGUUCACCCAAGUCGGAACGUCAGAAAGGCCAACCCAUACUGGCCCAACAACUGGAAUGUAUUUGCCAGGCAGAAAAGUAUUUGGAGAAUACAUUACGUUACUGCAUUAUACACAGCAAUCGAAGUAUGUCUCACAAAUGUGUCAAACUAAUGCUGAUGUUAACAGAUGGUUUUUGUAAUUUGCCAGCCAACAGUAAAGGCACUUCUAAGUUAGAUGUUGCUCUGCGAAAUGCAAUUGCCACCACCUUUAAUGAAUUGCCAUUCGCCAAACAUGCAAGCGUGGUUCGUUGGUAUGUUAUGUUAGCAUGCAUUACAUCGACAAAUAAAACCUAUAAUAGCAUAUCGGAAAUGUGUGUUAAACUCUUGGUGGAUAUAUCGGAGGAAAUCAAAAGACGCUGGGAUCCAUAUGGUGCAUUAAUUGGAACCAGAUUUGGCCUUUAUGGAUUUCCCUUUGAACCGGAUAUCUUUGACUAUGAUCUGCCAAAUGUUAACAAGAACAAUGUGAACUUCUCUUCAACGCUAAUGAAUAUAAUACGAAAUAAUGCCGGUUUGGUACAAGCGGCCGGUAUUGACAUCAAAAAAUUGUGUUCAAUAGAUGGUGUUGAUUUUCGGACUUUCCCACACUUGAUUAAAUGUAAAAGUGUUAGCAAUCAAUUGCGUGGUCUUUUGGAAGUGGAGCAAUUGCAUUUCAACUGUGCCGCAACAUCGGAAUCUACACGUAUUGACAACAUGGAUACUGUGUCUUCUAGUGCCAGUACAUCUAAUGUUAAUAUGGAUGAUCUGCUGAUAGCCCCCAUGGUGGUUGAAACAGUAGAACAUAUGUAUUCGGAUAAGAUGAGUGAUAUACUAAAUAAUGUCAAAAAUAAAGCCAACAAUUUGGUGGACAAGACAAAACUGGAAAAGAAAAUGGAUGGUUCGGAAAGUGUUGACUUGAAGCCUAAUGGAAUUGGACCCGUUGUAAUUGAUUGUGCUGCCAGUGGUUCAGGUGAAAAAUUUACUGUCGAAGAAAAAUCUUCUAAAAUAAAAACAAAUGCCAGUGGCGGCAGUGGAACAAGUGGAACUUCUUUACCCAAAUUCAAGUUCAUUUGUGAAUACAUUGAUCAACAAUUGGGUUCGAACGUCAAAGCAGUUGCUGAAGAUAAGGACAAGGAAAAUAAAGAGGAAAGUGAACAAACUACUGCCACAGGUGAAAAAAUAUCUGAAGGUGCUGAGAAUAUGAAUGCAAACUCGUCUUGCUCCUCCAAUGUUUUUCCAUGGCACAAAUUAUUAUCGCCACCAUCCAAACAAAUGAUUGUCAUUGAGCGAAUGCAUUCGGGUGCACGUCGCUUUGUGGUCCUAGACUUUGGUUCACCCAUACUUUUAACCGAUCUAAUUAUACCAGCCUGCGAUGAAUUGGCUUCAUUGCACAUUGAUAUUUGGUGUUUUGAUGAGGAAACCGAUUGUGUUCGUUUGGUUGUUGCGCCAGAUAUAGGUACAAAAACAUUGGUACUUAGCGAUAUCCAGCCACCGCCGAUUUGUCGUUACAUGAAAAUAACCAUUAUGGGACGAAUCGGAAUGUCAUCGACAAAAUGCAAAAUACCUUUGGGUUCAUUUUUCGGUCAUGUCAUCAUAUUGGAAUCGGAUGGUUAUGGUGAUAUGUUUAUGAAAUACAUGAGCCAUAAGCCACAAAAUAUACAAGCUCAAAUUAAGGCAUUGUAUUCGUUGCAUGAAGAUGUCCACUGUCGCUACAGUUUGGCCAGUUGUAAGCUGUUGGAAUUAUUGACACCUCUGCUCAAUUCGGAUGUUUCAAAUGUGGCCCACAUGCAGGCAUUCAUAAAUAAGCAACGCAGUGAAGAUGAUACCAAUACUACAAUGGAAGGCGGAAGGAUUACAUCGAUUUAUGAGGAAUGCAUUGUUCUUCAACACGAAAUCAAUGUCAUACGAAAUGUCAUCAAUCGUCUGGAGUCCUCGCUGCAACCAAAUGCAAUUGAUGGCAAUGAACCCGUCUUGGAUAAUUCGCAUGCUUUGCGUACAGCAUCACGUGAUAAAUUAAGAGUUCUGGGUCAGGCCUUGAUUGAAAUACUUUUGAAUUUUUCCAUAGAGUACAGCGUAAAGGAUAUGAUGGCAAUGCAACAACUUUUUACAGCCGAUGUGGCCAACAUGCUGUUCAAUUCUUUUGUGGUGUAUGGAGAUGCACACAUACAACUUGCCACUUGCUCACUUCUAGUUCGCAUGUGUUGUGUUCAAAGUUGGUGGGGCGAUUUUCUGGCCAAUAUUUUCUGUACAUUAUUCUCAUCACAAAAUAGUAAAAUAUUUCCACAGGAUAGAAUAUUCUUUUUGCUCACCUAUUUGGGCAGACGCAGCAUAUCCAUGGGCAAUUGUCGUUCCAUUGUGAUUGAUGCAAUCUUGAAAACACUGGCCAAACAAUUGGCACCAAUUUCACCACGUUAUCAGGAGGCAACGGCCUCUGGUCUCAAUAUGUCCGAUGCUGAGACAUCAUCUGUCGGCAGUUUAUGUACAAAAUCUGAUUUACAGUUAAUAACCUGGUUAUUGCUAUUCCUGUCGGUUUGUUUGGACGAUAGGAAAGACAAAUCUGCCAAUCGUUGGGACUUUAUGAGUUGUGAAACGGAUUUUGCCAAAACUCGAGGACAAUCCUCAAACAGUUCGGGUAAACAGCUAAGAUGUUUCAAAAAGCGUAUUAUCCAACAAAAUAAGUACAGUGUACAACCAUAUGCCGAUUGGGGCAAGAAAAUCUAUAUGAUACAAAAUGAGCAUCCUGGUAUAUUUAUGGAGAUAACAGGCAAACCCAAAUCUUCUAGUAAGAGCAGUAAAAGUAGCAUGCUACCCAAGCCCAGUAAGGAGACACCACAAGAGCCAGAAAAUAAUUUUGAUAAGGGUCUUAAAAAUAUACGUCUCAAUAAUAUAUUGAUUGUUAUACGGGGUCUCAUUGCCCUGUUGCUGGAGAUGGAUUUCACCUGUAAUAUGGAUCAAUUUUUAUUGACUUGCAAGGUUAUAGCUCGUUUGGUGUCUGCCUGUAGACCAGCGGUUCAGUUAUCCAAAAUUAUUACCAUAAAUCAAUUGGAACAUUUGAUACGUAUGGCCGUAUGGAAUGAUCAGCAACAACCAUGGGCUGUUCAUGCCAUUACAUGUCUUUUGCAGGAUCUUUUGGAUGCUGAUCGUCAUUAUAAAGAUAACGAUGCCACACCCACAAAUGAUGGACAAAGAACUAUGGAUAGUUUCCAAGAAACAAAAGAUCUUUUUGCUGAUUAUACAUCACUCUACAUGUCUCAAAAUAUGGGUCCCUCACAAUCAACAAGUAGCGAGAUUCCCUAUUCGGACGCUGUAAAAUACCCAUAUUUACCAUCGUUAAUUGAAUGUGAGGACACCGAAUUUGAUGAUAUAUUAAAUGAUAUUGAUGUGAUGGAGCGUAACAAAACCGUGACCAAAAAAGACAAUACCAAUAUGAACAAAAAUACUGUCAACUAUUUUUGCAAAUCAAUAUCUAGUGCUAUGGAUUCACGUUUAGAUAUUGGACUUGAUUUAAAUGUCGAAACCGAUUUGAGACGUAUAACAAUGGUAUCAUCAUUGGAUAUGUAUUCAUCGUUGCCACAAAUUGCGGCAAGUGAAUUUAAGACCACAUCGCCAGAAGUUGCUGUUUGGCCAGAUUACAUAGCCGAUAUGUGGUCGGGACCGGAAUAUAAUUGUGGUGUCAAUACCUAUACAAUGUUUAAGAAUGUUUUCGAUUGUAUACUGGCUGAUUUACAUUUGGAGGAAACAUGGGUCCAUUUGGAGCAAGUAUUACAAAUGUGGCUAACAUUAAAUGGCGAACUGGCUGACAAACCCUACAGUGCUGGCAUUUCAAAUGCCGAUGUACCAAAAAUACCAUUCGGUGCCAAUGCAAUACAGGGCUUACUCUUGGCACUGGCCUGGUAUAACGAUGUUAAAAUACGAACAUGGUGUUUGGGAUUCCAGUGCCUGUUGCUGGCCUGCAAUUCACAGACAUUUGGCCAAGAAGAUGCCGAUCGAACAAGAAUAAAUGAAGUCAUUGUAAACGAUGAGAAUUUUGAGAAGAUGCUAUUGCGAUUUUUCUCUGGUUAUGGCAUGAGUUCGGUUAUUAUCACAAAUCGUUGUGCUGGUCCCACAAUAUGCAAACAUUUGCAUGAACUUUUACAUUGGCUCCAUCGCAAGGGAGAGUCCACGGAUGGUGUGAUAUCGUGCAAGCGCAAGCUAAAGGAUACUCUCUUGCAUGUCAUAUUGCAACUGGUUCAACCCGGCGGUGCAAUAAGCAAUCAGUUGGGACCCAUUGAUGCCCAAAGUCAGCUGGUGCGUGAUCUAUUGAUAAUGCCCAAUGAUAAGGCUGAUUUAAAUAUAUCACUAAAUAUUAUUGAAUGUGUUUCAUUUUUGGUUUUCAACAACAUUUCCAAUGGUGAUAAAAUACAAUGUCAACGUACAUCGGAUACGAAUAAUACCAGCAAUUCAUUUAGUAGUCUAUUUGCCAAUGUUUUGGGUUCAGAUCAUUCAAAACAAAAUUGUCCCAUUUCGGAUAGUUCAUUGAUCAUAAGCCUUUUAAGACUUUGUUCAUCGCUAAUUCAGACAGAGUUACCACGUCAAUUGACUGAUGUUACCAUACCAGAAGAAGAAGAACUGACCAGCAUAUGUCAAACAGAUGAGACGAAAGCGGAACAAUUAAAUAUUGAAGGUCAUCGUGUUAAGACUCCAUGCAUUGCUGAUACAGUAUUGCGUCAUUUCCCAACAAUGAAACGUUUGCUGGGUUCUCUAUCUCACUGUUCCAGUUCUUCGUUUACGUUAAUGUCUUCAUCGGAUCUGUAUGGCACUCAUCCGGCAAUUUCAACAUUUUUACUUGAUGAACCACAAACUGCUGCUGAUGCUGUCUUUAAUAUGCUGCUAACAUUAUGUGAAAAGGCUUCAAGUUCACGCCUUAUUGUCGCCCCAAUAUGCCAAUAUUUGGAAGCAUGCACAUCGCAACGCAGCACUUUGCCCAGACUACAUUUAUCAGAGCCUCUACUAUGGUACAUAUCCAAAGUUUUGUACCUGUCCUCAUCGGUUCAUUUGUUUACACAAUUGGGAGGAAUUGAAAUUAUAUGUAAAAAUUUAGUUAAACUAAAUAAAAUACUUAUUAAUGUUCAACCAGGCUUGAUAUCCAUGAUAAUGCAACACAUGACAAGGAAUGCCAAACUUAAGUUGGUGUCACAUGCCUGCUCAAAUGGCAAUAGCAAAAAAUCCAGCUCCAGCAGCAGUCAAAAUCAUCGCUAUCUACAGGAUGGUUUAAUUAAUUUUGCUCCCUUCUGCACAAUAUCUGCUGAAAAUGAUACCGCCCAAUCGGCCGAAAUAUUAAUAAUGAAUCCAGUGGCUUCACAUCGUAGACCUAGGACGCCAGCCUGGAGUUAUAUGUUCUAUCCGAAUGAAUCACAUGCUGAUCUCACAAUAACACUACCCACCGCCAUACUAUUGCGAGAGGUACAAUUGCAACCGCAUGCACCAACUUUGGCCUCGUGUCCAUCGGCUGUGGCUUUGGAAAUAUCCAGAGAUUUUGGUUUGGGACCAGUGCCGGUGGGUCCGCCACUAACCACUACGGGCAUGACUUGUAUACGUCUCAAGCUUGCCAAGCCGGAAAUUGCAACUAGCAUUGUAUUGAGAUUGUACAGGCCAAAAGAUAGCCCCAGCAUUGGCCUAACCCAAAUAGCUGUAUUGGGCAAUACCAUAUUCUCUUCACAUAGCGGCAAUGGUGGUGGUCUGGUUACCAAUUCAAAUUGUAGCACUUCGGCUCUUUCUUUUGACCAGGCCAUGGAUGAUGAUUCCUUUGCCAAAACAAGUGUUGGCUGGGUACGCAUACUCUCCAGAUGCUAUAGUGUCGCCUCAAAAGUCUCAUCGGCUUCAAAAUUGGCGGCCGAUGUUAUUGGUGCUUCAGCAGCAUACCCUGGCUUUCUGGAUGCUUGCUGUUCCCUUAUGAAUAUUAUGCCCAUGAUACCAAAUGCUGCAGUACAAAACUUGGGUUCGGUUUUGCUGACAUUGGGAGCCUAUAGCAAAGAUUUAUGUUUGCAAUUGAUACGGACUCUGUUAUGGAAUACCAGUCCACAAAUAUACAAGCUUUCCAAUGACAGCAUAUGUGAUCUGUUAUAUGAUUUGUGCACCACCAAAGAUACCUAUGUCAUGGAUAAGGUGAAGGUUCUUCUUGAAUGGAUUGAUCAUCUAAGACAAAAUUUUAGCAGCAAUACAGCCCGUUGCAAUAAUCCCCAAAGUGGUUUUGUGAAAUGUAUUGCCUCUAUCCUAUGGAAUAUUUUUGAAGAUAACAGUGUACCAAAUUUGUCGGAAUUAAUAACGGAAAAUGUUUUCGAGGCAUGUAUGCAUUGGAUUGAUCGUUUGGAGAAUGAGGAACCACUUAAGGUGGCAUUUGAUUCGUUGCUUUGUUCCUUGUGUUACAUUCAGCCAAAAUUCUUUAAUCACAUGCUAAUGCGAUUGAAUGUAAAAAUUGCCCAUGCCACCAGUAGUGGAUCUGCAGCAGAGAGUGGUGAUGGCAAUGCUACAAUUUUAAGUGGUGUGGCCUCUAAUAUAGCCGAAGAUGAUAGCACCAAGUGUGGUCUGACUGACGAUAAAAAGGAGAUGAGUGGAAAAGUUUGGUAUGCCAAUGUGGCUACAGAUAACUUAUCAACAUUGUUUCAACAUCCCUCAUAUUUGGCCACCAUUGCUUUGGCUUGUCAAUCCUCAAAUGCGGUAUUUCAGCUUGUGGAUUCGGGUUUGCCGAAACUGUUGGCCUAUGCUUUGUAUGAAUAUUGUUCUAAGCUUUUGUGUCAAGAAAUGGAUGUGGACAACAACACUCAACGUUCUAACUCUCCAGUUGAGCUCCCCAAUCCCGUUUCUCCUACCUCUCCUUCUUCAUUGUCCCGGACUUGUAUGACAGAUGCUGACAAGGUUGCAGGCGACCAUCAUCACGGAAUGGAAGAAAUGCAAACCGAAAAUAAUGAUAACACUGACCCAACGCAACCACAACUGAUGUCCUUUGAAUUAGUGCCUAAAAUUUUGGACUUUUUCUCCGAUUGUUGUACUGAGGGUCAUAUGCGCGAUUGGUUGGGUACCCAGCAGGGUUCAAUAUUUUGGAAACCCUUAUUGAAAUUACUUUGCAAUCAUCGACCCAUUGAUUUUAUAUCCCCUCAACAGAGCGGCGUCAGUGAGCCAACACAACAGGCUUUUAUACGCAUCGAAAGGGCCACAAUAAACUUCUUUUCCCAUGUAACCGCCUGUCACCCGAACAAUCAAAAUAUAUUGACAAUGCUGCUGAUUGAGGUAAUACGUGAGCCGUCGGCUUCGUUGGCCACAAAGAGUGGUACCAAUGCCGAUGGCAGUAAUAAACAGACAAUAUCUGGUUUUACCCGCCAAUUGGUAUUGCAAUUGCUAUUGGAAAACGAACGUUUACUGGUAUCGGUUCGUAGUAAACAACCAUUGCAAAAAAGAGAUCCUCAUGCGACGUUUAUGUCGAUGGCAUCAAAUCUGCAGAACUCUACAACGGCCAGUAGUUAUGUAACGCCCAGCAGUAGUGUUAACAUUUCAUUGGUUAAUCAUCAUCCGGCGAAACGUAUCAACACUCAUCAUUUAUUGUUUUCGGUUAGUGCAAACACAAAGUGUCAGGAGAUCAUACAGAAUUGCCUUUCAGAAAAUCGACGCAAUGACAGUGGAAUGGUGACUACAACCAUGGUCGCUGGACCAAGUAUACCCAACAGCACCAGCUGUGAUAUACAUAAGGAAGAUGGUAGUGACAAGAAUCAAAAUGAUCCCUAUAAGGAUAUAUCAAUUAAUUUCAAUGGCCUGGAAAAUGGUAUGGAAUUUUUAAGUGUUGCUGCCGGUGUUACGGCCAAGGACAAACGUAUAAAGGAUGCUAAAAAUCAAGUGGCUGCCAAUAAGGAAAACAAGGAAAUGGUGGCCAAUUUUUCAAAACUUGUCAAUUUGGAAGACAUUCUUACACCCACCAAUACCGUAUCGAAUUCAUCAAAUUAUGUUCAACUUGUACAUCGUGAUUAUCCUGAAAUACAAAUAGGUAGUGAUACAACAAUAUCCCAGUUAUUAGCUGCUUUGCAAAGCAAAGGCUAUUCAUUGGCAAAGCCUUGUUUAAGUCUUGAAUUGAUCUCUGGAAAGAGCGGCGGCUCCCACACAGAAGUUGGCGAUGAAACUUGUGUGGUCAAGGCUUCUUCUGUGGAACCCUUACCAUCCCCCUUGCAACGGUUCUCUAGCCGUGGUGGUUUAUCAUUGUUGGCUCAAUAUUUGCCAACUGUUUAUCCAGAAAUAACUUCACGAAAACACCAAAAUAAUGCACCCGAAAAGGAAAAGAGUCCACCCAUGAAUGAUUGGGUGAAGUUAGAACCAAACGAUGACAUCUAUGAAGAUUUAGAGGAUCCAUUAUCAGAACCCACAACCAAACAGGCUACCAUAACUGCAGUGCCGCAACAUUCUUUGGCAGCAUUUGGUUUGUUUUUGCGUCUUCCCGCCUAUUCGGAUGUGCUACUACGUGAUAAGUUACGGGCCCAAUGUUUGCUGCGUUUGGUUCUGGGUGUCACCGGGGAUGGAGAAGGAAAUGAUAUCUACAGUCUUUCAUUAGCUCCAACAUUGCCAACAUUGCCUUUUGAAGUUUUUCGCCAGCUUUUGGAUAGUUCACCAUUGACCACGGAUGAUGGUAUGCUAUUGCGGCGCAUGGUUAUUGAAGUUGGUGCCAUGCAUUUGAUAUUGAAUUGUCUGAGUAUAUUUACCCAUCAUUCGCCCGUUUAUCCAUUGGGUAGUAGCCAAAAUGAGGUAUGUUAAGCAAAUAACUUAGACAAGAUUUCUGGUGGAAAUUUUCCUUGUCUAAUGUCUUUUCUUAAAUCUUUUUAGACAACAACAAAUGGCAGUAAUGGCAACAGUAUCAAACCAGCCAUGAAUUUGGGUGAAGAUGCUUCAAUGGCCACCUCCGAUGACAAAGGCCAUAUGUAUUGGGCCAAGGGUACAGGUUUUGGCACUGGUUCUACUACACAAUCUUGGAAUGUUGAACAAGCACUGCUACGUCAAAAAAGUGAAGAGGAACAUGUCACUGUCUUGUUGCAGGUCCUUGCAAGUUAUAUAAAUCCAGGAGAUCGCAUUCCAACACCAGAAGAAAUGCCCUAUCAUGAAAUGAUGAAUGCCUCGAAUGAACUUCCCAAUGAAUUUCUAACUUUGCUAAAGCAAUCGUGUCUCAUUCCAGCGCUUAGUUCCUACUUACGCAAUGAUUCCGUACUUGAUAUAACCCGACACAUUCCAUUAUAUCGAGCAAUAUUGCAAUUGUUGAGAUCCAUAUCAUUGUCACAGGAAUUGGUAACGCUAUUGCAACCCCAAAAUAUGGGUGAAAGUUCUCCAUCGAUUUCGGAACUUUUAAGCAAUAUGAAAACCUGUGUGGAUACCUAUGCCAAACGUUUGAAGUUAAAUAAAAAAUCCAACAUUAAGGGUCAAACCCAACAGGUCACAGUGAAUAUUGAUGAUGGCGACGACGAAGGCUUAGCCUUGCUUAUUCCCGAUAUUCAAGAGACCACGGUGUUGGUACAAAAAACCACCCAAAGAUCAGGCCAACAACAGCAAAAUCAGGCUGGCGGUGGUUGUGGCAUAAAUGAAGCCGGUGGUCAGUUAAUGGACUUUGAGCGACCGCUUCUAAGCAAAUCGAUAGAAGAGCGUUAUCUGGAGGUCAUGAAAAAACUGCAAUUCGACACGUAUGACAUGAUUGUGGAGGCUGAGAGUAAUGGUUAUCGUUUUGUGGUGUCACAUCAUUUUGAAAAAAUGGUACGCAUGGCCGGCGAUCGUUAUCAUCCGUCGCGUGUCAAGCGCUUGGCCCAAGAAGCUGUCACGCUAUCGACCAGUCUGCCAUUGUCCUUUAGCAGUUCGGUAUUUGUGCGUUGUGAUACAGAUCGUUUGGAUGUUAUGAAGGUCCUUAUCACCGGCCCAGCUGAUACUCCAUAUGCCAAUGGUUGCUUUGAAUUCGAUGUGUUCUUCCCACCUGACUAUCCGAAUCUACCAAUGCUAAUUAAUUUGGAAACAACCGGUCGCCAUUCGGUGCGUUUCAAUCCGAAUUUAUACAAUGAUGGUAAGGUGUGUUUAUCUGUUCUCAAUACAUGGCAUGGACGGCCCGAAGAGAAAUGGAAUGCCCAAACAUCCAGUUUUCUACAAGUUUUGGUGUCCAUACAGUCGUUGAUUCUGGUGCCUGAACCAUAUUUCAAUGAGCCUGGAUUUGAGCGUAGUCGUGGUACGCCAAGUGGCACACAUUCAUCGCGUGAAUAUAACAGCAAUAUCUAUCAGGCCUGUGUGCGUUGGGCAAUGUUGGAACAGAUAAGAAAUCCUAGUCCAUGUUUUAAGGAUGUUAUUCACACCCACUUCUGGUUGAAACGCAAUGAGAUUUGUGCUCAAAUCGAAAACUGGAUAGAAGAGCUGUGCAAACCUCAGUAUAAUGAACGUAGUAGUCGUACUAUAUCCUUCAAUUCCAUGGUAUUGCGCAGACAAUACCGCCACUUGCGAGAAGAGUUGGCCAAAUUGAAGGUUCCCGAAGGCCUGGAGGAUUUAGAUGAACCAUUCAAUCCAAAUGUAACGCUGCCAGCCAUGAGUGAAAGUGCAAACAAUGCCAGCAGCAUUAAUAGCAGUAGUGGUGCUGCAUCCAAGCCACAAACAGAUAGUUCAGUUAUUUCCACAACAAGCACCAAUGCCAGCAGUUCAAGUGCCAGUGCCAUUGCGGAAACAAAAUCCAAUGAAGGUUCUGAGGAAACCACCGUUGAAUCGUUAAGUUCUCAACUAUGUAGUGGCAGUGCGCCAUUGGCACCACUUGAAAUCAACACGAAUCAGCCCUACAUUAGUUGUGCCAUGGAUGAGGAUAGUGAUUCGCCUGCGGUUCUGCCCCAAUCUACAUUACCCGCAGCAGCCACAGCCAAAGUGGUCCAGGUAGACGAGCAAACAAAUGAGGGUGAGGAUGGCGGAGAUGUUGAGGAUGAUGAUGACGAGGCAGAAGGUGAUAAUGAUGGAGAUGAUAUCAAUGCCCCCGAAGAUGCUGAUGGUAUGGAUGCUAAUGAUUACAAAUGUGUUGGAGAACUAAUGGAACAACUAUUCUUUGCCGGUCCAGAUAAUACCAUGCACUAUGAUGAUUGAAGGGAGAAGGAAUCAUCCCAGCAUCACUUCCAAUAGUUUACACCCUUGAUGAGACUCGUCGCCUCUCUAUCUAACUAGACACACUAUUGUGCAUUAUUGUUCUGCCUUCUUUUUUGUGAAUACACAACAAACAUACAUACAUUAAAAAAAAAUUACGUUUUUCUAAAAACAAAAAAAUGAUUCGACUACCAUAUACACGUACAUACAUACGUAGAUUCAUAACAACCAAUCAACUAUUCUAUAUAACAUGCUUAGAAAUUAUUUUUGAUUUGUACUUUAUAGUACCAUCAGCAGCAUGUUCUGUUCUAUUCUUUUUAUAACUUAAUUAUUACUAUUAUAAUUUUUAUUUCAUUUAUUAGUUUUUAAAUAGUGUUUUUUACUUUCCCACAAGAAACAAAAAAUCUUAAAACAAAAGAAAUAUAUAUUCAAUAAAAAUUAAUUGGAACUCUUAUGGCAAUCGGCGAUUGCAAACAAGAGAGAACACAUGCUAAUGAAACAUUAA